AUGUGCGGUCCAACCCCAGCGCUGAAGUGUGUGUGUGUGUGUCAGAUCCAUUCUAUAAUUGCCUGCCUCUUGUAUCUCCACAGGUACCAGCAGCUACACUUUGACUAUCAUGCAGAAAUUGUGGCUUUUUCCAAACGUCUAAAUGAAUCCUUUGCCACUGAGCUUCUAAAAACUGCAUUUGUGAACCAUUCCUAUGUGGUAAAAGAAGAGAGAGAACGCCAUGAGCUUGGUUUAGAUAAAGAAACCGCAAGCUUGAACCUACAAGACAACAGAGAGCUUGCACAACAUGCUUUGGACUUUACGGUUCCUUAUCUUACAAGUACAAUACAACAAACCUUCCCUAACCUCCCUAUUGUUGGAGUGAAAGCAUUAGUUGACUACCUCACCUGCCAGCAAGUUUUGUGUCAUAUCGCUAAUAAUCUUGGGGUUGGGGACCUAACACUGAGCUCUGAAUGUCCUUUGUCUCCAGAGACCCUACAAAGAACCUUCUGUGGAGUUAUUGGAGCCCUUCUGCAAAGCUCUGGUGCUGAUGCAGCUGGGGUAUUUCUCCAGGAUUUCCUCAUUCCUGAACUGAUUGGCAAGGAUCUGUUUGAUAUCUGGUCUGUUAUGGAUCCUAUGUCUUUGUUGGUUGAACAACUGUCAAAGCGAAAUGUACCACCUCCUGAACCCAGGCUUACAAGGCAAUCUGGAACCAGCACUGUGCUGCCUGUCUAUUUUGUGGGUCUCUAUUGCAAUAAGCAGUUAAUUGCAGAGGGACCAGGAGAGACCAUUUUUGCUGCAGAAGAGGAGGCAGCUCGGGUGGCCUUAAGGAAGAUGUUUGGAUUUGCAGAAAACAGGCGGCCGUGGGAUUACUCUACAAGUAGACAAGGGCCUGGAGAUUGCACCACAUUAAAUGCUGUGUGUUAA